AUGACCUCCACAGACGAACAGGCCAAGAAGAUGAUCAGCACGAUUCAGAGUAUCGAUGGAACUUCCGAAAUAGUCGUUACCCUGCAAGAGAACAACGACGCUACAAAGCCACCGACUUUGCUCAACAUAUCAUCGCGCUCUCUUACGACGCCCGGCCAAGACCACACAGCCUCAGAGCGCGCAACACAUGUCAUCAUCUCCCUGGGAUCCGGUGGUCAAUUGGCAGAGAAAUUCUUCACGGGUGUUGUGCAUCCGAUACUACAAUCCAUCUACGGAGAACCCGGCAUUCAAUCAAUAAAAGUGCAUACAACCACCUCAGCCACCAGCAUUUUAGAACUCACAGACAACACCCUGUUCCCCGCGGCCAAUAAUGGCAAAUCACUCCGCAUCAUCCUCCUAUCAGGCGACGGCGGCAUUGUUGACCUCGUAAAUAGCCUAUCAGCCCAUACCCGCAGCGCCACAUACAUACGCCCUGAAGUCGUAUUACUCCCGCUUGGAACGGCAAACGCCCUCUAUCAUUCCAUAAACGUGGGGAAACAACAUGUCUGGGGUCUGGACGCCCUCGCCUCUACCACUGCCAAGCCCCUUCCCCUCUUCACCGCCACCUUCUCCCCAGGCGCCCGUCUCCUAACCAACGAAGGCCAAGAUGAAGAGCAGCUUCCACAAGAUAGCGAGGGAAACGGUGUCCUCCAUGGCGCCGUAGUAGCUAGUUGGGGCAUGCACGCCUCUCUUGUUGCAGACAGCGAUACAAAAUUUUACCGCCAAUACGGCGUCGAGCGUUUCAAAAUGGCUGCAAAAGAAGCCUUAUACCCCGCCGACGGCUCACCCCCACACCCGUACAAAGCCAAACUCUCCGUUUCCAAAGGAAAAGGCGUGUGGAGUGAAUUCGCCGAAGAUGAACACAUGUACGUUCUCGCAACCCUUGUUUCGAAUCUCGAACAACCGUUUUGUAUUUCCCCGGAGAGUAAGCCGUUGGAUGGGAGUUUGCAUAUAGUGCAUUUUGGCCCGAGGAAUGGGGACGAGGUUAUGCGCAUUAUGGGGUUGGCGUAUCAGGGGGGUAAACAUGUGCAGGAUGAAGAGGUCAUGUAUGAGAGUAUCGAUGGACUUCGGAUUGAGUUUCAGGGCAUGGAAGGUGAGGGGAGGUGGCGGAGGAUAUGUGUGGAUGGCAAGAUUGUGAGGGUUGAUGGUGAGGGGUGGGUAGAGGUGAGGAAGGAGGAUAAGAUUGUGUUGGAUGUUGUGGUUGUUUGA